AAAAUGGCCAUGUCCGUUCUGCGAAAUUUCACCCGUCAUAUGGCCACGACAGCCAAGAUUAGCAAUGUGGUCGUCAUUGGCGGUGGGCUGAUGGGUUCCGGUAUUGCCCAGGUUGCGGCUGCCACCGGCCACAAUGUAACGCUGGUGGAGAUGAACGAUGCCCUGGUGGAGAAGGCCGUUGGAGGCAUUCGCAAAAGUCUGGAGCGUGUGGCCAAGAAGCAGUUCAAGGAUGAUGCUGCCAAAGGGAAACAGUUUGUCGAUGGAACGUUGGCAAAAAUUAAUGGCGCUACCGAGCCGGAAUCGGCCGUCCAGGGUGCGGAUCUCGUCGUGGAAGCGAUCGUCGAACGGAUGGAUGUGAAGCAUCAGCUGUUUAGCAAGCUCGACGCAGCAGCGCCCGUCCACACCAUAUUUGCCAGCAACACUUCCUCACUGUCGAUCGCGGAGAUCGGUUCGGUGACGAAGCGGCAGGAUCGAUUCGGUGGGCUGCACUUCUUCAAUCCGGUCCCGGUAAUGAAGUUGCUCGAGAUCAUCCGCACGGACCAAACGUCCGAUGAAACGUUCCAGGCGCUGCAGAGUUUCGGGCAGCGGCUAGGGAAGGCUUGCAUUACCUGUAAGGAUACGCCCGGCUUCGUGGUGAACCGUUUGCUUGUACCGUACAUGGCCGAAGCGAUCCGAUUGCUCGAACGUGGCGACGCAUCGGCACGGGACAUCGACACGGCGAUGAAACUCGGCGCUGGCUAUCCCAUGGGACCGAUCGAGCUGAUCGACUAUGUUGGGCUGGACACGACCAAUAACAUCCUGCAGGGCUGGCAUGAGAAGUUCCCCGACAAUCCAUUAUUUGUGCCGAUCAAAACACUCCAGCAGCUAGUUAGUGAGGGCAAGCUGGGUGUUAAAAGUGGCGAAGGUUUCUACUCGUACAAGAAGUGA